AUGUUACACUAUCUCAAAGCUAUCAUCAAAAAUCAUCUAAAUGAAUUAUCUAUCAAAGAUAUGUAUUUAGAAAACUCAAAUUAUGAUAAUAGUAAGCUGGAUAAUAAAUUGAAUAAUAGUAAGCUGAAUGAUAAUAAGUUUGAUAAUAGUAAGCCUAAUAGUGAGUUGGAUGAUGAUAAUUUGAAAGAUAAAAUUGAUAAUAAACUGGAAAACUUUGAGCUAGAUUAUU